AUGAUUUAAUCUCCAAUUGAUAUGAAUUAAUUUUAAUAAUAAAAAUAUAUAUUUAUAUAAAUAAAACAAAUAGUGGUGGAGGAUCAUACAAUGAGGAAAUUUUAAAGAAUGGCAAAUGGAUUGAGUUGAGGGAUGGAUUUUGUAGUUUAUCAUAAAUAGUUUAUAAUGGAGAUUAUAAACAUGGUAAAAAGGUUGUUAGAUGGUAAACUUUGUAUAGGGAUUAUAGAAAAGAUAAAUUUGAAUUAAUGUAAAUUGUAAUUACUAGAGUAUUAGUGGUGGUGGAUUAUAUGAUGAAAGGGUUGAAGAUUCAAUAAAGAUUGGCAGGUGGAUAGAGUUGAGUGAUGGGUAUAAUUUUUGGUCUGAAGUCACUUAUAAUGGUGAUUAUUAGAAUGCAAAAAAAGUUGGUAGAUGGGAUACUUUCUUCAAAUUCGGUGAUAAAGGAUUUACAUAGAUGUUGAUAUUAUUAUAAUUAACAGUAAAUUUGCAGUGGCAGUGGAUUAUACGAUAAUUAAGUAGAAGGAAGUUCGAUAAAGAUUGGUAAGUGGAUUGAGCUGAGUUGUGCAUUUAAAUUUGAUUCAAAAGUCAUCUAUAAAGGUGAGUAUAAAAAUGGGAAUAAAAUUGGUAGAUGGGAUAUUUGGUAUAAGGAUUAUGAGACAAAAAUGUAUGAAUAAAUGUAUGGAGUAAAAAAUUAAUUUAUAGCGGAGGCGGAUCAUAUGAUGAUGAUGAAGAUUCAAGUAAGAUUGGAGAAUGGAUUGAAUUAAGUGAUGAAUCCAAUUGGUAUUGGUAAAUUACUUUUAGAGGAGAAUAUAAAAAUAUUAAAAAAGUUGGUAGAUGGGAUACUUGUUUUAAAGAUUAUGAAACAAAAAAGGAUGAAAAGAUGUAUGUAGUAUAAAAUUAAUUUCUAGUGGAGGUGGAUCAUAUAAUGAUGAAGGAAUACAGAAAGGGUAAUGGAUUGAAUUGAGCGAUAGGUCAAAUGCAAAAUUUUUGAUCACCUUAAAUGGUGAAUAUAUUGAUGGUAAAAAGGCUGGAAGAUGGGAUUUUUAUUGGAAAAAGAAUAGUGAAGAUAAAUAAAAUGAACAGAUGUAUCAAUAAUAAUUUUAAGUAUAAGUGGUGGUGGAAUAUAUUAUGAAAAAAUGGAAGGAUACUCAAUUAAGAUUGGCAUAUGGAUUGAAUUGAGUGAUGAAUCUAAUUAUAAUUGUUAACUCACAUCUAAUGGCAAAUAUGAAAAUGGGAAAAAAGUUGGAAUAUGGAGGGAGAUGUAUAGAAAAUGGAAUGAUAAGGAAUUUAAAAAACUCAAGGAGAUAAAUUUUGAUAAAUGA